AUGGGAGCUGCAGGUAUUCCUCUUGAUGACUGGUAUCGCCUCUUUCUCAUUCCUGGUAUGCAAAACUGUCAGGGUACAGCUUUUGGUGCACCCUACUAUAUAGUCUCUGCACCCCAGCCAUUUGAGCUAGGUCAAGAUGUUUGGAGCGGCUCAGGGUUCAGCGACCCAAAGCACGGUGCUCUGUUGGCGCUCCUAGGGUGGAGAGAGAAUGGCACGGCCCCUGAGUCCAUCAUCGGCACCAAAUUUAUCAACGAGACUGUCACAGCCGGUGUCCGAAGACAGAGAUCUAUAUCCAUGUACCCGAUGCAGGCGAAAUGUCGUGGCAAGGAAGAUCCAGAUCUAGCAGAGAAUUGGCACUGUCAGCUCUUGUACUAG